AAUCUCUAACAAUUCCGCCGUAGAAGAGUUUUUGAAGAUAUCCCUUCUCCGUGCGGUGCAAAAACCUAUUAAGUAUUAACAGUUUGAAGCCAUUUCCGUAUGUUAAUCUGCGGCACUCUAUAUUCUAGGCAAGCUACGGUCCUACGUCCGUUCUCCCUUUCUCGCAACACAAGCUCUUCGCACUACGGGACCUCUCCACCAUAUCAGCAAGAUCAUAGAGAAAAUUCUCCAUGAAGAAUUGCUGUUCUAAGACAAUCUUCACAUCCAAAACAAUCUGAGAAACAAUGAAUGCAACAGAUGUCUAGGGAAUCAAUCAAAUGUGACGAGAUAGCUUUCCAGUGCAUCGAUGCAAUGUGGCCUGCUGGAUGGACCAAUGUAGAAAAAGAUGAAGUCAUGCCAGCUAUCCUCCAUGGAGAGAUGAUCAAAAGAAAGCUCUUUUUAUGGUAGCAGGAACAUUCCGUGUCUUCCAACUUUAUGACCUGGACAAGGAAUUGAAUCUUUUGCUCUUCAUCAGUAAGGAUGAAAGGAGGAACUAUUUAUAGAUUGAGAGGGAAUAAACUCUCUUUUAUCCUUGUUGUUCUCAUUUGCACAACCAUUGUUCUUUGGGCAUGGGAAAAGACUCCCCUUGUUACUUCGUUACUGCCAGCCCAAGAUCAGUUUGUGAUGCCAUACUCAGAGUAUCCAGUGGAUUCUCAUAUGAAACCAUCCCAAGUUAUAAACCCCACAGGGCAUUUUGAGGAGAACUUUUCAGAUGCAAUUGCAACAGGGAAAACAAGAAAUGAACCAUUGGUACAAGAUUAUUCACCCAAAAAAAGAAAUGAACCGUUGGUACAAGAUUAUUCACACAAAAAAAGAAAUGAACCGCUGGUACAAGAUUUCUCUGUGACACCAAUUAGUUCAGCUACUACAAAUUCCACUAAAAACAUAGAAAAUAUUCGUGAUUUGGCAACAUCCUCUGCAGAGACAAAAGUUUGUAACUAUGCAAAAGGCAGCUGGGUUGUGGAUAAAAGGCGCCCAUUGUAUUCUGGGUUUGGAUGUAAGCAGUGGUUGUCGGGAAUGUGGGCUUGUCGACUGACCCGACGUAUAGAUUUUUCCUAUGAAGGGUUCCGGUGGCAGCCAGAAAAUUGUGAGAUGCCGGAGUUUGAGGGAUCAGCAUUCUUGAGGAGGAUGCAGGACAAGACUCUUGCUUUUGUUGGGGAUUCCUUGGGAAGGCAGCAGUUCCAAUCUUUUAUGUGUAUGGUAACAGGUGGUAAAGAGAGCCCAGAAGUCCAAGAUGUUGGAUGGGAGUAUGGUCUUGUCAAAGCUCGUGGUGCUAUUCGCCCUGAUGGUUGGGCUUAUCGGUUCCCAAGCACUAAUACCACCAUUCUUUAUUACUGGUCUGCAAGCCUGUGUGACUUGGAGCCACUAAAUGUCACAGAUCCAGGCACCUACUAUGCCAUGCAUCUCGACAGGCCAGUGGCAUUCUUGCGCCGUUACCUUGACAGGUUUAAUGUUUUAGUUCUUAAUACAGGACACCACUGGAAUAGAGGGAAGCUUAGAGCUAACCGGUGGGUGAUGUAUGUGAAUGGCAUGCCCAACAAUGAUAGAAAGCGUGCAGAAAUUUGGAACGCCAAGAAUUUUGCAGUAUAUAGUAUUAUCAAGUGGGUAAAUUCACAGCUCCCGAAGCAUCCACAGCUUAAAGCUUUCUUUAGGACCAUCUCACCUAGGCAUUUCCGCAAUGGAGAUUGGAAUACUGGAGGUAACUGUGAUAAUACCACUCCAUUGACUGGAGGGAGUAUAGUUUCUCAAGAUGAGCCCAGUGAUCCUGUUGUUGCGGAUGCUGCGAAGGGCACAGGGGUUAAGAUCCUGGAUAUAACUCCUCUCUCUGAGUUGAGAGAUGAGGGCCACAUAUCCAGGUAUAGUAAUAAAGCGAUGGACGGUGUUAAUGAUUGCCUGCAUUGGUGCCUACCUGGCAUUCCCGACACAUGGAAUGAAAUUCUUGCUGCACAGGUGUAAUUUCGAAGUGUUACCUACUGGGUUUCUAAACCAAUUCAGCCCAGCAUCUCUUCUUUAUUAACAGACUAGGCGUACUUGACGCAGCAUUUUAGAUCUAGUCUUUUUCAUUCCAUUUAUUGAUAUGAAUCGAUCUUCAUCAAAAUGGUGAAACAGAGAAGCGCUCAAGGUCCAGUAAGGUUGUGUUCCAUCAUUUACAACAGAAAUAGAUAUCUUUGGAAUUGCAGAGAUGUUUUUGAGUCCACAGAAUUAAGAAUCUCAGGAGAGAUGUCUUCUUGUAGUAUUGAAGGACUGUGCCAUCUGUCUGUCCUGUGUGCAUGACAUCAAAGAUUUAUGGAAGAGGACAUUCUGAUGGUUUUCUAUUUGUCAUGGUUGUUGCCUUACAUGUACUCUCUUUUUCUGCAUAGGGGUCCUCCCUCCCAUCUUGUACGGUAAAUUUCAAAGGCUAAAGAACCAAAGGAAUAUAUUCUUUGAAUAGUAUUUGUGGAUGACA